AUGGCUCUGUUAAGUGAAAGUCAGGACGCCGAACUCCAGAUGCUUAAGAAGGAACUAGACCGGGAGUGCCUCGCACGUCAAGCCGCAGAGAAGCAAGCACAAGAUGCACAGCAGCAGUUAUCCUUCCUGCAGAGCGGCCUCGGUCAGCAGUCCCCGCUGCCCGCCUUGUCAAGUCCCAGCAUCAGCAACCUCGAUGCCCCAUCGCCUGUCUACGCCGAGUUCCAGCUCUCCAACACAUCGCUCACGGCGAUCCCGUUCGAGCAGCAAGAUGUCCUGGCACGACGGAAGUCGAUACCGCGGAGUGCGGGCUAUGGCCAAGGCACCUUGGCGAGCCACCAUAGUCUGCCUGGCACCCCGCCAUCGUCUGUUCUGGCCUCCCAAGCCGUGAAGCAACAGAGGACCAUGUCACACCAGACUUUCCCCUCGCAUCGGCACCAAAUGAUCCGCAGCCAGUCGAAUCUCUCUACACAGUCUAGCCCUUUUGUCUUCAACGGCCAGAUCACGCCGCCGCCCAAGCCAAACACCGCCGGCCACCAGCCGGCCAGGAGUGCUGCCGUGCGAGACUUCAUGAGCAGAGACGAGCUCGCAAACUUUGGCGCCGCCGGCCAGUCGCUGCAUCGCUCGCAAUCUGUGAGGGUGAGACGUCGGCCCGACAUGGCCAGCAUGCCCCCGGUGGCCGAGUCCCAGCUGAUGGAUCCGGAAACAUACUUUGCCAACUUUGAUGCCUACGAGUAUCCGAGCAAUUCCGCUUACCUCAGCAGUUCCAUGCCAACGGACCAACUCCACCUCAGCCCAGACAUGCCCGUUUAUGGCAUGUCGAAUGCAUCAGUUUGCGGUUCCAUGACCACGGGCUUGACGCCGGAGACUGCGCCAAUGACUAGGGAAAACAGCAGCGUGUUUGACAACCAGUCGGUCGGAGGUGCCAUGCACAUGAUGCAGCUUGGCUCGCACCAGGGGACGGACAUGUCCCAGCUUGAUAGCCCCUUUUACCCAAACGCCAGUAGCGGGUACAACUCACCGCUGGCCAAGAGCGCCUCGCCUUCCGAGGAGGAUUUGAAAGGGGUCGGCACCAGUCUUUCGCAGUCUUAUCUGAACCCCUAUGGGCAUCCCGCGCCGCCUGGAGGUGUGCUAAUGUCACAAGAUAUGUCUCGGUCUGCUUCAAACACCAGCGCAGCCAGUAUCAAAUCUACGUCUUCGCUCAAGCUGCGACUUAAGGAGUCGCUUCGCAGACAGAACCAACACACCGCGCUUCUGAAGCCUAAGCCUUCUAGCGAUGCCAAAGCGACCGACUCGCAUUCGGCCAAGAAAGAUGGCAAGACCGCCAUCACCAAAGCCAAGUACGUGCGGCCCCGCCAGCCCAAGGUGUUCUGCGAAAAGUGUACCGAGCAUCCGGACGGGUUUCGUGGAGAGCACGAGCUGAGGCGCCAUCGCGAUGCGAAGCAUCCAGAACAGGGCGUCAUCAAGAAGUGGAUCUGUGUUGAUCCCGCCACCCGUGGCCUGCCGAUCGGUGUGGCCGUCGUUAACCCCUUGGAUAAGUGCAAGGCUUGCAAGGCUCAGAAGAAGUAUGGGGCAUACUACAACGCAGCUGCUCAUCUGCGCCGGACCCAUUUCAAGGAGAAGCCUUCGCGCGCCAAGAACAAGAACAAUGGCGCCAGCUCACGCCCGGAUGACGACAAGCGCGGUGGCAAGGGAGGUGGUGACUGGCCACCCAUGACCGAGCUGAAGAAUUGGAUGAAGGAGGUCUGGGUUCACAAGGACGAGCUGAAGCAAGACUCCGACGAGGAAAAUGAGGAGGAUGCUGGCGCUGAUUCCUCUGCGAACGACAUGGAUAUCGACCUUGAGCAUGGUGCCGGACAACUGGCUCCCGAUUACACCAUGCCCAUGCACAGCGGCAACGACAACAUGGUGGCCGAGAUGGGCUUCGGAAUGUAUCCCAACCACUUGGCCAUCAACACCGAGAUCCCAUUCUAUGCCCACCAGCCGCUGAUUUCCUCGGCCCAAUUCACUGAUUAUGCGUGCUCGCCCAUGAUCGGCACCUUUCCCUAUACCGGCCCAAGCCAGGUCUCACAGUACGGCAGCGUUGUGUCCAGCAACGACACUAUCACGGCUAACGCCGCCAACUUCGGCGAGGCGAUGGGUAAUGUCGGCGACCUUCAGUUCGACGAGAUGAUGUACCCGCAAUGA